UCUGACACACGGACUGAGCCAAAGUCUCCCACAAAUGUCUGUUAAAAACAAUCGUUACUUAUAAGAAUGUGGUAUGCUUGCUUCUGCAAAUGAGGAGGUUAUUCAAGGUCUGGAAGGGACCUAGAAGUAGUGCGUUCAGCCAGGCUGGCGAUUGUCAUCUGAGGCCUAAAUGGCUGAGGAAUUAACGACCGGCGCAUCAAUGGAUGCAAUCACAUCUGACUCUCAGUCCGAGGAGCACCGUCCUGAAGUUGCCCCAGACGGCCAUAGUGACACAGAGUGCCAGCACAGUGUGGGUUUGAGCAGAGUGGAAUUGCCUGCAGGUGAACCACAUUCGACGAAGAAUCGGCAGGAAUUACCCGAUAAUAGCAUCUCAAAUCCCAGCAUGUCUGGGAGCGAUUCAGGCGACCUCAUUGGCUCACCUGAGCAUGAGCAACUCCAAAUGGAACAACAACAAGACGCUGCGCUAAGCACGGCGUCAACCAUGCAGGACAAACCGAAUAGACUGGAUAACUCACCUGAGGUUACACUUACAGAGAAAGCAAUCGUUGACCAACAGGAUUCUGCAAUUGACUCAGGUUUGGAUUCGCCGAUGAAUUCCGAAGAUCACCAAAGUGCCUUGAAUGAAUCACUAAAAGCACCGCAGAAUGACAAUAUCAGAAAUAAUCUGCAUCCUACGCCGAGGAACGGAAGUGCAGAAAGUGAUGUCAAAAAAGAAUCCAACAGUUACCAUGGAGACACAUGUACAUCAGAUCCUAAUUAUACAUAUUCCCGAGUGGACGCACCGGCUGACAACACACUUGAAGACAAAAUGGCACAUUCAAAGCAUCAAAUUGAGUCUAACGGCAGCUGUAUCAAGACUGACACUGGAGGCAAUGAAGCGUGUAGAAGAAGCUGGGACCCCUCAGGACCUAAGCUGGCCGAGCCAAGCCUUGGUGUAGCAUCCAAGACCCAAACAGCUGCUGUGCCCCACAAUUCUUACAUCAAGCAUCACGAUACUGAAACGCCCCGAGCAAAUCUUGACUCUGCUAAAAAGAGGGAUUCUAUAGAUAUCGUCAAUAAGGGGGAGGUUUGCAUUAUAAAACAAGCUUUGUCUGCUGGCACGCUAGACACUUGUGUAACCAAAUCUUCAUCGACUAACUGUCCUCCGUCGCAUCCCCCGCCAACGCAUCUGGCUUCAUCCAUGGGCGUAGCAGCGUCCAGUAAUUGGGUAUCAUUCGAGGACGAGGACAAUGUGCAGUCGUCACCAGGCAGGGGUAGAGAGGAGGCUGAAGAAAGAGGGGACGGAUGGGUGAAAUUUGAGACGUCUCCCACUAUGCCGAAACAUCCUGUCAUAUCUCAACUCACAGGCGGGUCUUCAGACUACAGCAUUGAUCGUGUCUGCGACGACCAACAAUCUGAUAUCACGAUGUCUGUUCCAUCAUCUAGGGGCAGCCUGUCCGAAUCUCGAGACAACGUCCAUAUAUCUCAAGAGUACCUGCCCCUUGGCUCGUCCCCGUCGCCCCAGCCAAAAUCCACCGUUGGAAUGGCCAGCUGGAUUAAUUUCACAGACGGAAGUUCGAGGUCAACCAGGAAAAUGCAGUCGCCUCCAUCGCAUCUACCGCUAUCGAGCCCACCAAGGCUCCACAGUAGAUCUUCCUCCGAAUCACCCAUCUCAAGCAUGUCUAGUCCUAGUCAUGUUGCCCCUCAAGUGAACCAGAGACAACAUGGGACUCCUCAAAGUGGAGCCCAUCAGACUUCAGUCAGGACUGGCUGGGUCUCGUUUGAUGAGCCAGACACAAGUUCUUCCCCGGCGUCACCUAUCAGAAUGGUAUCGAAUGGGAGAGACGCCAACACGCCGUCGCCACUUCUAAUCGAAAGAGAUGCUGCAGAGAAGAGAGUUAACCUGCAGCAGUUGCAGCAGUCCAUAGCGGUACAACAGCAACAACAACUCCAGAACAGAGAGUAUCAACCGCAGCAACAACCUCAGCCAGUUAUUUUACCGAUGCCCUACCAGCAGAAACCUGCUGCAUCUAUACGUGGAGUGCCAGAAGCAAUUCCUACGAAUCCCACCCUUCUGUCACUUGCACGUGAUUCUUCCAUCACAUUCCAACCUUCAACCAGUACUCCUGCACCCGGGAACCCUUUCAGGGAGGAAAUGUUACGCCAGCAGCAGCGGGCUACCUCACCUCUCAACCCAUUUCAGAGCAACGGUCUACAGACACCUAGCACCCCAGGUGGAACUGUAGGUGCUAUGUGGGGUGAGUCACCCAUAACGCCAGGAACAGUCGACGCCAUGUGGGAGAGAUUCGAAGAAACAACAGCUGCUGCUGCUCAAGUGGCUCACGGCAGCCCCGGCAAUCCCUUUAUCUCUAAUGAGAGUACUAGCGUGUACACUCCACAGCAUCAAGUUGCUCCUGGACAGGUAGCUGGAGCAACUGCAGCUGAAAUCCAAACGCCUCAACAUCAUCUCAUUAAAGAUAGUACUAUCCCGCUGAAGGAAUUAGCUCAACUAUUCCCAGCACAGAAUGCAAGUGUGGAUCAACUCUCCAUGUCUACCUCAUCUACAACUCCUAAUCAAAGUACUCCGACUACCACGCAACCUUUCCAAAGAUAUACAAAAGCUUCCAAACAGGUUACAAUCCGAGCCUCGGGUAAACGCCCAAAGGUAAACCAGACUCAACCGGAAGACAUUGUCAUCGACAACACGCCAUUUAUCGAUGAGUUCCCGCGAGAUAAACCAGAUCUCAGAGCAGGUUGGGCCAUGAUGUUGCGUUGCCCUGAUAAGAAAAAAGUUGCAGGGUCCCGCUACUGGAAACCUGUGCGGGUCAAGCUGAUUGAGGGCAACGCCAUUCAGUUAUUCGAUGAUGAGAACUCGUCGGAACCUUUUAGAGAGCUCCCUCUGCAGUGUAGCUAUGAGCUAGGAGAUCGAAAACUCCAGUCCUAUGACACACUGGGCAAAAUACACACACUGAAACUACUCUAUGUAUCAUUCAGCGAAAAACGACGAUACAAUACAAGAACUCCAUACGAGAAAGUGCUGCACGCCAACCCGUUGCUGAAACUAGGAUCAACAGACUAUGAUGUAUUCCGGAGUUUUAUAAUCACUAUAAACGAUUAUCUAAUGAAGCUGCCGUCAUUCCGUGAUCGCGGUAUCUCAUACAAGCAAGAUGCCAUCGGUGUGGUCGUUGCUGAUGACUAUCGUUGUCGUGUUAAGUAUAAUGGUGAGUUAGAGAAGCAGUCCAUUAAAGUGGGCAUCACCAUGUUGGCAUUCCUCUCCGACAUGCCUGACUGCUCCAUCGCCUUGAACGACGUCCAGGUCAAAGGUAUGGAGGUCAUGUCAAAGCGGGACAUCAUCCCCAACAAAACCAACCAGUGGAUCAAACUGGACAAUGUGGAACUCCACAAGUGCGCGAACAAGAACGUUUUUGUGGAGUCGCGGUUUGUGGAGUUUAGUCCCCUGGAUGGAUGUCGAUUCUGCUUGAUGAGGUUCGCGACCAGACCACGGCAGAGCAUGGAGCUACCUUUGCAUGUGAAGGUCACUGUGACUGGAGAAGGGGCCUUCCUGGAGCUGAGGGUUGAUCUGGUACUAGCUGCUCAUCCCGGCCGGAGGGACCCGUCUCAGUUCACCUGUGAGAAUGUCAUGGUGCGUAUACCGAUCCCGGAAACAUGGAUUAAAUACUUCCGGCGGGAGAAACGGCUUGGUUUCUACUCAGUCAAAUCAGCGCAUGGGAAACCGGAUCACAUCAAACAGGGAAGUCUUAAUCCCAGAUUACUUGAGACCAGCACAGGGUCUGCCAAAUAUGAACAUGCCUACAAAUCCAUCGUAUGGAGGAUUGAAAAACUACCAGAGAAGACGUCAGUGUUUUCCGCCUCCCAUAUCCUCAUGUGCCGUAUUCACCUAGGCUCGCACCGUGAGGUACCGCGUACCCCUCAAGGUGAUGCAGAGGUUGAGUUCACUAUGCCUCAAACCACAGCCUCCCGGUGUACGGUUCGCUCUCUCGCUGUAGCCUCUGACAAACCCUCAGAGAAACGCAUCCGCUACACCGCGCACUACGAGUACUUCGUGGAGAUUGAGAAUAAGGUAGUGUUACAGAUGCUGGAUGGGGACGAUGGUAAUCCAGACCAAUGUCAUCAACAGUGAAGUGGGAAUGUAAUUGUGCCUUUGCAGAAACAGUAGGUUACAUUAUUGAUAUAUUUGUUGCUCGUGGAUCUAGAUUACACCAAAUAUUUGUCCUUGUGGAAGAGUAUGUGAUGUGAUAUAUGUGAUAUGUGGUAGAGUACUUUCAUUCCAAUUAGUUAGUUUUAAAUCUAUUCUUAAAGACACUGGACACUAUUGGCAAUUGUCAAAGACCAGUCUUUUCACUUGGUGUAUCUC